UUCCAAAAAAAAACUCAUCUUUGACCGCAACUUCACAAUCUCAUCUUGUGAUAUCUUCCUUGGAUCAUCAAACUUUCCGGUCCCCUGCAAAUUCCACCAAGAUUCUCCAUUUUCCCUCCCAUUUCAUUCUACAUACAUACAUCCAUAUAAUUACAUAUAUAUAAUCGCACAGUUCAAAAAACCCUGAAAAAAUGGGCGUGGAUUAUUACAAUAUUCUUAAAGUUAACCGAAAUGCGAGUGACGAGGACUUGAAGAAAGCCUAUCGCCGUUUGGCCAUGAUUUGGCACCCAGACAAAAAUGCCAACAAGCUAGAAGCCGAGGCCAAAUUCAAGCAAAUUUCCGAAGCCUAUGACGUCUUGAGCGACCCAGAAAAGCGCCGGAUCUACGAUCUGUAUGGAGAGGAGGGCCUCAAGUCCGGCCAAACUCCACCGCCCAAACGAAGCUCCCGACAUUAUGGGGCUAAUCAGCAUCGUCCUGACCCGAAUUUCCGAUUCAAUCCCAGGACCCCUGAUGAUAUUUUUGCGGAAAUUUUUGGCGAAAGCAGUAAUGGUGGUUAUAAUAGAGGUAAUGGGAAUAAUGUUGGCGGAAGUGGGGUAAAGAGAGAUGGGUAUUUUAGGAGUACAACCAUGAAUGGUGGGACGAGGUAUGGAGGUGGGGAAAACUCAGGUGAUGGUGCGGGGGGAUUGAGAAAGGCGCCACCGGUGGAGAAUGGGUUGAUGUGUAGCUUUGAGGAGCUGUACAUGGGUGCUACCAGGAAGAUGAAGAUAUCAAGAAAUGUUCUUGAUGUCCAUGGUAAACCUCAAGUGUUCGAGGAGAUCUUAUCUAUUGAUAUAAAACAAGGCUGGAAGAAGGGCACAAAAAUAACUUUCCCCGAGAAGGGCAAUGAAGAGCCUGGCAUCAUCCCAGCAGAUCUUAUUUUUGUGAUAGAUGAAAAACCUCAUCCUAUUUAUACAAGGGACGGUAACGAUUUGAUUGUGAAGCACGAGAUAACACUUCUUGAAUCCCUCACGGGGAAGACUAUUGAGCUGACAACACUAGAUGACAGGAGUAUCACAAUCCCUAUAACAGAGAUCGUCAGACCAGGACACGAGCUAGUUGUUCCUAAUGAAGGAAUGCCAAUUUCGAAGGAUCCUAGGAAGAAGGGAAAUCUAAGGAUCCAAAUUGAUGUGAGGUACCCAAAAAAACUCACCGAAGUGCAGAAACAUGAAUUGAGGAGAGUUUUGGGAGGAAGCUCGUGAUAUCGCCUCACAGGCACUAGGCGUGAGAAUAUUGGUGCAGGCAUUUAAGUCAACAGUUGGGUGUAAAUACGGUACAUGUAUUCAAUUGAAGAAUGUGAAUAAUGGAAGAGUGCUGAUAUUAGCUGGAUGGUUGACUCUUGUUUUGGCAGCUCGGGCGACUCUGUAGACAAAUGUGAAAUGCCUCUUGCUAAAAGUAGGUGGAUAUUUCGAUUCUUGGACUGAUACGAGUUUCUCAGGACUACGUACAUCAUUCAUAUUGGUAUGAACCUGUUUCUUGUUAUUGCUAGAAAUUGUUCUCAUUUACAAGGUAUACUUGAAAAGUAGUUUUAAUUUAUUUUUACUGUGGAUGAGAUGGAUUUUGAGACUUCUUUCGUCUUGGAGUAAUCUCGAAUGCACUUUCUUUUCAUUUGUUA